AUGGACGCCCAAGCCUACCUAAUCAAGCACGGCUGGUCCGGCCCCGGCAACCCGCUGAACCCAAACAAACGACCCGGUGCACAUAGCGGACUAGGCCUCACACGACCGCUCCUCGUAUCGCGCAAAGCCAACAACCACGGCGUGGGCAAGAAGACGACCAAAGACCCGACGAACCAGUGGUGGCUGCGCGGGUUCGAAGAUGCCCUGAAGGGCGUCGGGAACGACAGUUUCGAGGCUACCUCUGCGCGAGAGAACAAUGCGCUGACGAGUGAACUUUAUCGGCAUUUUGUGAGGGGUGAUGGGCUGGCUGGUACGCUUGAGGGGAUGGAGAAAAAGGACGAGAGCGGCACUUCUACCUCCAAGUCGAAGCGUAAGCGCGAGAAUGAGGAUGAUGGCCUUGAUCGCAAGGCUAAGAAGCUGGCCAAGGCUGCGCGGAAGGCGGAGAAGGCGGAGAGGAAGGAGGGGAGACGUGUGAAGAGAGCUGCGAAGGCCGAGAAGAAGGAGAAGAAGAUUGCCGAGAAGCUUGCGAAGAAGGCUUUGAAGGAGAAGAAGCGGACUGCUUCUGAGGAUGAAUAUCCAACGCCUACGUCGAUUGACCAGGAAUCCGAUCAGACUGGGGCGGAGACUACGGAGACAGAUGAGGCUGUUGCGCGGUUAGAGGAGAAGGCGGCUAAAAAGGAAAACGAGGAGAGCAAGAAGGCUAGGAGCACAGGGAGUGACUCAAAAAAGAAGUCUAAAAAGGAGAAGAAGGACAAGAAGGAGGCCAAAGCCUGA